CGGAGAGAAGGUCACACGGGGUCCUCCAAUAUGGCGGCGGCGACGCUGCGGACCGGCUGGUGCCGCUGCCCGCGGGUCCUCUACCGAGAGCAUUUCCUGCAUGGCCUCCGGUCCGCCCGUGUGCAAGUGUGGGAGGAGAAUCUUGCCCUUGCUAAGAACUUUGUCUCGGGAGUUGCGGUGGGAGUCAGCGCGUGUAAAAUCCACUCAGGAAACAGAACUUUAUGCUGCUGUUGCUUAUCGCUGUUUCCCGGGUUAGGACGCCGGGGACCGCCUGGAGAUGCCUUGGCAGUGGCGUCCAGUUUCUGUCCAGCCACAAUCUAGUGCCACUACCCCGUGGUACCUAUCAGAUACCCAGGCCAAAUGGAGAGCUGCCCCUGUUCAAAUCCUAUUCUUCUGGAAACAGAAAAGGCUUUCUCUCCGGCUUGCUAGAUAAUAUCAAACAAGAAUUAGCCAAAAACAAAGAAAUGAAAGAAAGUAUUAAAAAAUUCCGAGAUGAGGCCCGGAAGUUGGAAGAGUCAGAUGCGCUCCAGGAAGCCAGAAGGAAAUACAAAACCAUUGAAUCCGAAACCGUGCGGACCAGUGAGGUGAUCAAGAAGAAGUUGGGGGCUAUCUCGGGCACUGUGAAGGAGAGCCUUGACGAAGUCAGUAAAAGUGACCUUGGCCGGAAAAUCAAGGAGGGUGUGGAGGAAGCAGCCAAGACUGCCAAGCAGUCAGCUGAGUCGGUGUCCAAGGGUGGGGCCUUCAAAGCCCUCUCCCAGGGGGUGGAGUCAGUGAAAAAGGAGAUCGAUGAAAGUGUCCUGGGCCAGACCGGGCCCUACCGCAGGCCCGAACGGCUCAGGAAAAGGAAGGAGUUUGCUGGAGAGAAGUUCAAGGAAGAGAAAGUGUUUGAGCCCAAUGAGGAGGCCCUGGGAGUCGUGCUACACAAGGACUCCAAGUGGUAUCAGCAGUGGAAGGACUUCAGGGACAACAACGUGGUGUUCAACCGGUUCUUCGAGAUAAAGAUGAGGUAUGACGAGAGUGACAACACACUCAUCCGGGCCUCCCGUGCACUGACAGAUAAGGUCACAGACUUGCUGGGGGGUCUGUUUUCGAAGACAGAGAUGUCUGAGGUGCUCACGGAGAUCCUACGUGUGGAUCCUGCCUUUGACAAGGAGCGGUUUCUGCAGCAGUGCGAGAAUGACAUCAUCCCCAACAUCCUGGAGGCCAUGAUUUCUGGAGAGCUUGACAUUCUCAAAGACUGGUGCUAUGAAGCUACCUACAGCCAGCUGGCCCACCCGAUCCAGCAGGCUAAGGCGCUGGGCCUCCAGUUCCACUCCCGUAUCUUGGACAUUGACAAUGUCGACCUGGCCAUGGGCAAGAUGAUGGAGCAGGGCCCCGUGCUGAUCGUCACCUUCCACGCCCAGCUGGUGAUGGUGAUCAAGAACGCCAAAGGCGAGGUGGUCGAGGGCAACCCGGACAAGGUGUUACGCAUGCUGUACGUGUGGGCACUGUGCCGGGACCAGGAUGAGCUCAACCCUUACGCGGCCUGGCGGCUCCUGGACAUCUCCGCUUCCAGCACAGAGCAGGUCCUCUGAGCUCGGCAGCCACCACCGGAGGUUCCAGUCUGGACAUCGCAAGGCAGCUGCAUGGGGUGGGAAUGUCCACCUGUGGCAAUAGACC